AAGAAUGUUCCGUUAUUUCUGUUAUUUUAAACAGUUUAUUUGUAUAAAUGACUGAUUAAGUCGUGGGUGGGUCCACUGUAAGCUACUUCUCUCCUCUCUUCUUGACGCCAAUCUAUGCUAUGUUUUUUGCCUUUUGGUAAUUGAUUAGUGUGGUCUCUUGAAGUUUGGGUCUCGGUCAUCGUUUAACUGUCCUGCUGUUUGUAUCGCCUCCAGUGAACGGACAUCCUCCGCUGGAAUGUGUUUUAAAUCAUGGCAUACUCGGUUAUUAUAAAAAAAAGAAAGAAAGAAAGUAAGAAAGUGAAUGUUUUGGUUAGCUUGUCUUUUUGACACUGGUAUGUGCUCUGUUAUCGACCGCUGCGUCAGUUCGUCGUCCUCGGUUUGCUUUCAAACUUCCAGCGGGUUGAUGUCAGUGUACGCUACUUCAUGUUUACUGUCGCCUUUUCUGUAAACAUGGAGUCACAAUGCCAGUUUUUCAUGUAUUUUCCCGCCGCUCCGAUAUCGAGUCUGUCGGACCCCUCGCAGUACGCCAGUCUCCCGCGGCGAAGGCACGUCUACCACGGGGAGACCGUCCAGUUCCUGCUGGUCAUGCGGUCCCGGAACGCGGCGGAGAGGCGUGACGGCCCGGCCGGUGGUUUACCCUGGAGGGACGUGAUGGGCUCUCUGUGGGCUCUGGCGAGCGUGUGCGCCGCAGAGAGCCGCCGGCAGGGACCCGGUGAGGAGGACCAGCCGGACCUCCAUAGCAGCCACAGCGGCGAGGACGGUGAGGAAGAGGAGCGCGGAGAAUGGGAGUCCGGGUCCUCAGACACCGGCAGAGAGCGAGCAGACGGCGGCCGGAGGUUCAGACGUUGCAGCCCGCUGCACACUCACAGCAAGUCGGCCAGUGAUGGGCAACAGUGUGCAAGGGAACCAGUGAGGUCUGCUCUGGUGUCGGACGACCAGGUUAUUUUCUGUCUCAGCGUCUCUUUGGACAAGCUACCUGUCGACACACUCAAAGCCAAGAUUAUAGUGACUGUGUGGAAGCAGGAGGAUGAGAGGGUGGAGGUGAGGGAACAUGGCUACCUGACUCUUCUGCAGCUCAAGAGUCCAACGCACACCUUCAGAGAAGACCUCAGCACCUUCAAGACACAGGUCAGCACCAUCAUGAACGUCCUCCAACCUCCCAGUGUCCAGUGUCAACAAAUGACUGUCUCUGGAAAACACCUGACUGUCCUCAAAGUGUUGAACUGCAGCUCUCAGGAGGAGGUGUGUGUCAGAGAUAUGAAGAUCCUUCCUAACUACAACUCGUCCUACCUCCCAGUGAUGCCAGAUGGCUCUGUACUCGUAGUCGACAAUGUGUGCCACAAGUCAGCUGAGGUCACCACAGCAUCAUUUUAUCGGAUGGACAACGAAUCAUCACGUUUACCAAGCAUGCUCAGCGCCCUGGAGGAACAGAACUUCCUGUUCCAGCUGCAGCUGCAGGACAAAGCAGAGGAGGACUCCAGUGAGGGUUUGGAAGUCCCAUUGGUGGCUGUGUUACAAUGGUACACUCCAACCCUGCACUUCACAAGAUACAUCUCUAGUUUUUACUCAUUGCCCAGUAUACGCUUGGAUCGUCCUCGGCUGGUGAUGACAGCUUCCUGUCCCAGCACUGUCAGGCCUCUGGAGCGCUUCUGGGUAACAUACACCCUGCGGAACAACUUGCAGGACUUCUUGGGUGUUGGUCUCAUCUGGAAUUCUGACGCUCAUAGAGGAGGUCAGCAGGACACUGGGAAGGGGUCGGUGGUGUGCCAGUCUCCCUUCAAUCGACUCGGACAGUGUAGGAAGGGCUCCUCCAUCUCUUUCACCGUGGCCUUCCAGAUCCUUACGACCGGACUCUUUGAGCUGAGCCAGCAUAUGAAACUGAAGCUCCAGUUCACAGCCUCUGUGUCGACCCCUCCCCCUCCUACUCCUCCAUCAUCAUGUAGCCCUACAACCCUGCUGGAGAGACACAGCCCAAGCCAAUCUCAGAGUUUCUACCAGCAGCACCCGUCCAGGUCUCACCAAGUCAGGUCAGGCAGCGUGAUGGAGUGUCAAGCAAGUUACCUUCCGCCUGACCGCAUCAUUUCCCUUGAAACAAUAGCCAAGAGAGAGUGUAAGGUCUUCGUGCAAGACACCAAUCCAAGAAGGACACAGCAGAUGAACUGGAAAGGGGGUUUUAGCGGAGAAACAAACAUCGAUGUGUGAUCCCUCUGACUGAGCCUCAUCCCGAUGGAGAGAUUUAGAGAGAAACAGUGGGCUGCAGGAAUCAGGCCUGGAUGGAGCGAUAGACGGAGGACCAGAGAGGAAUACUGACAGAUUGAAAGCGGAAGGCUAUGAAGUGAGGGCGCAGGGCAGAGAUAACGACAGAAUGGAAGUUCUCUGGUGGAGGAACAACAAUUCCUCAUUGCACGGUUUUAUCGCAUCCAUGCUCCUUCCAUCAAUUACCUCCAUUCCUUUGAAUCAUUAUCCUGGGUCUAACCCCAUCAGAGUUUAUGCACACACACACACGUUUACACACUUUCUGACCCUUCUUCAAGUCUUUGUUCAGUGUUACUCAGUGUGUUGUUCUUAUUGCCUUCCUAUGCCUGGUGGAUUUUGUAAAUAGUUCUAGUUAGUAGAGUACAUUUCCGCAAAUUUUAAGGAAUCGUUUUUAUGGCAGCUCUCAUUUUUGUAUAGGGCGUCAUUGGAAAACCCCAGAUUGCCCGCUUGUGUCAGUCCUCGGCACACAAAUAAAGCUGGAGGGAUCCAGGAGUCGAGUUUAAAAUACAGUCAGUUGUUUGGCAAAUGGAAAGAAGCCUAGCAUUGGUGGUAUUAAUAUUGAUAGACUUUUAGGUUAAAAUUUGAUUGUUUAUGCUUUUUUCUUAACUGCAGAACAGCUACAUGACAACUUUCCUGGUGGGAAGUGAAUUGCAUAGGAAAAAGAAUAUAUUUAGAUACAUAUUUAUAGAUAGAAUUUGGAUGUGAGUGUGAACUAGACCAGUACAGUCUUUACACUGGCUACUUAAUUUAAAUCUAAUUAUUGUAAUGCCGUGUAUUUAUUGUUAAUAUUGGAUUGUUAUUUUUUUUCUGUUCUGUACAAUUAGAUUUUUUUUGUCACAUACAUUCCAUUCCAAGUGCAGCAGUGUACAAACACCAUUUACAGUGUAGCUCCCUCAUCUCAGUGUCCUGUAGCUGAAAGACCAGCUGUGUAUCAUACAUAAUAGCUUCCAGUGACAUACAUCUGUAACAUGAGUCUCAGGCACAUGCAAAGUAUGGUUCAACUGUUUGUAGAGGUUGUUGCUGGAAUUACGCCGCUCAGAGACAGACUGUGUUGACUUGCAGUUUCCUACAAUCCACACCUCCCCCCUGUUAUCAUAGUGAAUGAGACAACAAAAACAUUAACGUUUUAAGAAAAGAAAAUAUCCCUGGCAGCUACCAAACCCUCCCAGGUCCUCACUUUGGAUCGGUUGUAUUUCCCUACUUUUUCUGCGCAGUUAUUCCCAGUUGGUAAAGAGGAGAAAUCCAUCAGUUGAAACAGUUAAAAGUGUGGACAGAUGAAGCAGCAGCCUUACCGCACUGUUUUGAGUGCACAGACUGGCAAAUAUUCAGGCAGGUUCACACCAUAUAUAACACAGUAUUGUUUUAGCAGUCCCAUUUUUUUGUUUGAGACUUGCUAUCUUUCUUUGUUUUCGGUCGAUUUUUUCCAAAAUCCCUGAUUGCGGGAGGUUGAGAUCAGCUGUGCGCAGCAUGGUGGCGACUGACUCCUGAUUGAGGAGUGGAGGCAGCUUGGGGCAUUUUCCCUCCCAGCCAAUCACGGUGUGAUGACACCCUUCUUGUGAAGGUUUAAAAGAGGUGGGGAACGGUACCCAGGUGGCUCUUGUGCUCAUUCUGAAUCUGUCCAUGACCCACUGAGAACCGCGUUCCCCUUAGAUUGCCAGCUAGAAACUCUUGCCUGUGUCGUCCUGUUGGGUCAUCUUGGCUGCCCCCAUUUCUCUAGUGAGGAAUGGAAACUGUGUUUAUUUGGGAAUCCUUUAAAAUCCAAGCUCCUAUACACCUUCAGUUUGACAUUUUAUUUCCCUGAGGGUUGUAGGAGGUCAUUUGUUUGUUAUACCCAGAUGAGGCAUGUUUUUUUGUUUCUAUUUUUACGUUGGGCUGGCCUGUAAGCAAUUUCCAGCCAGUGCCGCCACAAUUAUAAUUAUAUUGUGGCAAAUUCAGUCAGCAAAAAUAAAAGCUGCAGUUAUAAACUCUCCAAAGGAACUUUUAUCUUUUAUAAGUAUUUUCCUGACAGCUGCUUCACACCAAACUAUUUUACUGUAUGAAUCUGGACUGUGUGUUUGACCUCUCGAUGAGAAGAAGAAGAACACGGAUCAUUAUUCAGGAAACCCUACCCGAUCCUGUCGGCGAGUCAUGAGUUUUGAAUAUUCACCGAUGUGUAUCAGCUGUUCCUUGUGUGCAAAUGUGCAAGUUGAUGUGGAGAUACACAUAUCAGGAUGUUUUUAUUACCUGAACCGCCUGAUCCACCGUCUGAGAUUGUACACAGAUUAUCUGCCAUUUAACUAGCAAAAUGGACUUGGAAAUGCCUUAAAACCUUCAUAGAAGCAGUGACAAUACUGUUUUAUUUUUUUGUUUUCAAACCAGGCUGUAAUUUAGAAUGCCAUGUCUUGACAAGAAGUAUUUUAAUUGGUUAUGUGUGAGCUCUUCUAACACCUAAUUAAAAAAGUUUAGAUAUGGGCCUCUAAUUGCUGCGAUUUGCUGGAUCUCCACCCUGCAAUUUUCUAUAGUCAGGUGAGAAAUGUGUGUCUAAGGAGUGUGUCUCUGUAGAACUAUCAGGACCAACAGAUUUCUUGGCGUUUAUCCUUUUAAGAGCGUCAUAUACUUGAUUUUUGUCUAUGGGAGCAACAUUUAAAAUCAAAAGAUUUGUUUUCCUUCAGCAAAGAAAAAUCUUAUUUGUCCUCUUCAACAAUCAAACAAUAAACUGGAAGAUUUGAAAUCCUGA